ACAGGAUGGUAAAGACGAACGGCGAGCGACAGAAUCUGGACUUUAAGUCCCAUCAGUGGUUCGGGGCCACGGUGCGCACCCACGGAGGCAAGGUGGUGGCGUGUGCUCCUCUGUAUCACUGGCGCACUGUAAGGGAGUUAGGGGAGAUGGAGCCGGUGGGGACCUGCUACGUGGCCAUACAGAACUUCAGCGCCUUCGCCGAGUACUCUCCCUGCAGAAAUACCAAUUCAGACCCAGAGGGACAGGGCUUCUGCCAGGCUGGGUUUAGUGUGGACUUCACCAAGGAUGGUGCUUUGGUGUUGGGCGGUCCUGGCAGUUUCUACUGGCAAGGUCAGGUCAUCACCGUAGGUGUGGCAGAGAUUCUGAACGGAUACUCUCGGAAGGGGAUCCUGAGGAACGUACUGGGGGAGAAACAGACAGGCGGCGCCCAAGACACCUAUGAUGACAGCUACAUGGGAUAUUCAGUGGCAGUCGGGGAGUUCACAGGGGAAUCAGAGCAAGAACUGGUUACUGGUGUACCAAGGGGAGCUCAGAAUUUUGGAUAUGUGGCCAUCAUAAACGCCUCAGAUUUAAGCCUUAUACAUAAUUUCACUGGAGAGCAGAUGGCUUCCUAUUUUGGCUACACUGUGGCAGUGACUGAUGUCAACGGUGAUGGGCUGGAUGAUGUGUUGGUGGGCGCUCCCCUGUUCAUGGAGCGUGAGCAGGAGUCCAACCCCCGUGAAGUGGGGCGGGUCUACAUCUACCUGCAGACACACCCCCUCCAGUUCGCCCCGCCCACCCUGCUCACGGGCACACACCUGUUCGGACGCUUCGCCAGCGCCAUCGCCCCACUGGGAGACGUCAACCAGGACGGGUACCAGGACGUGGCAGUAGGCGCUCCGUUCGGUGGUGCGGAGCGUGACGGGUGUGUGUUCAUCUUUAACGGGUCUGAGGGCCUGCGCCGUGAGGCCUCCCAGGUGCUGAGCGGCUCCUGGGGCUCGCCUGCCGGCCCGCCUGGCUUCGGCUUCACGCUGCGCGGGGGCGGCGACAUCGACAGCAACCAGUACCCAGACCUUAUUGUCGGGGCCUUUGGUGUUGACAAAACUGUAGUGUACAGGGCGAGGCCUGUGGUGAGUGUGGAGGCCCAGCUCAUCCUCACUCCAAGAGUUCUCAACCCGGACGAGAGGACAUGCCAUCUGCCUGACUCGGAUACCAUGGCAACCUGCAUAAGGGUGGAUGUGUGUAUGCAGCUCUCAGGACUGGGUAUCCCAGAGACAGUAGUGGUGCAGGCUGAGCUGCAGUUGGACUGGUUGAAGCAGAGAGGAGGUGUGAAGAGGGUUCUCUUCAUGGACUCCAAACAUCACCAGCAGAACCAGGUCAUCAAACUGGGCCAGCAAGACCAGUACCACUGCUACAACUACACCGUCUUCCUGCGGGAGGAGGAGGAGUUUCGAGAUAAAUUGACGCCCAUCAGCGUGGCUCUGAACUACAGUCUUGACCAAAGCUCCGCCUACCCCGGCUUGGAGCUCCGCCCCAUUCUGGACCACUACAGCAAGACCUUCCACCAGGAGCAGGCUAACAUUCUGCUGGACUGUGGAGAGGACAACAUGUGCAUCCCAGACCUCAAGCUUUCUGCCGUGAUGUAA